AUGAACAAGAGUCCCAAGGAGAAAGAACUGAACAAGUGCUCCAGCAAAAUGAUAAUAGUGAGGCAGAAAAUACUGAUCAAAGCAACGAGACCAACAACAUUAAUGAGAAUUAUUUCUCCGCAUUUCGAAGCACAGAUGUUGGGAUUCAAGAUGCUUACAACAAAGAAGGCAGAAGUGGUGAUCAAGCAAGGACGGGUGGAAACCACAACAUUUCUCGCAAUAGAUUUUAUGCAGAAAACAGCCGUCGGGUUGGGAUUAUCAACAUUUCUCGCAAUAGACUUGUUGGCAUGUUACCUUACUACCAGCAUUGCUUGA